AUGCCAGCGGCGGUGAUCGAUGCUAUGGACGCCGGACUUCUCACCCAGUUCGGGAUCAUGCAGAAGAUUUCCACGGGGAACAUGGUUUUUGACAUGGCCCUGAUGUUCAUGAUGCCUGUCAUCCUGAAGUACGCAGUGGAUUAUUGGGGCCAACUGAAGCAGUGGUUUCUGCAGAAGCAUAACAUUGUGCCGAGCAAGUAUGUUCGGAAGAUUGAGUACACACGCCACUCGGGCUGGUCAUAUUACUCGGACAGUGACAACAACAGGAACAAAGUUCUGCAGGAUAGCAUCCUCAUGUUUUUGGAUAGCAAACAGGAUGUUGUCGAGAAAUUCAAGGAUGCGUUCUACAAGUUGACGACUGCGGCAGCAGUGAGAGAGGACAGCAUUGAUGACUCGGACUCAGACUCGGACGGAGGACGAGGGGGCGAAAUCAGGAGAUACAGAGUGCAGAUAGUGCCUCCCGAAAACAUGUGGUUCGACGUCGAGCCAGACAUUCAGUUCAUGAAGUCCCAGACUGAAACAGGCGAGGGAGACAACAAGGGCAAGACUGUUGUCACGUUCACUUUUCAGACAGAGCUGAAGGAUGGACAGGCGAGGAUUGACGACUUCGUGGACAGGGCGCUUCAAAUGUACAAAGACAAGAUGGGGGAGAAGAAGGACACAGCCAGGUACUUCUACACCCCCCAAUUUUCGUAUUCGAGGGGAACGGAUGCCGAAGACAAGAAUACCGGGAUGAUUUACAAGCGCUACCAGCUCUCAGAAGAAAAAACGUUCGAUUCCUUCUUUCAUCCUGAGAAAGAGGAGCUCCUGAGGCUGGUGGAUCACUUUGUGCACAAGAAGGGGAAGUUUGCGAUUCCUGGGUAUCCCCACAAGCUGGGAGUGCUCCUCCAUGGUCCCCCUGGAACUGGCAAGACGUCCCUGAUUAAGGCUCUUGCCCAACACACGCACCGCCACAUUAUCAGCAUCCCACUGUCGAGGGUGCGCACGAAUCAAGAAUUGAUGGACCUCGUCUUCAAUCAGUCGUGCAGUGUCGAGGGCGACAGCUGGAACUACAAGCUGCCGUUCAAGAAGACGAUAUUCGUCAUGGAGGACAUUGACGCUGCAUGUGAUGUUGUCAAGAAGCGCUCCAGCUCAGCUCCCAAGAGUGAAAAGGCGAAAGCCCCCAUUGGCCCAGAAAACGACCCAAAGAAAGCAAACGAGAAGGGAACAGGGACGACGAAAAAUGCCGACCCUCCUGCGAGUUCCAACAGCGACAAGGGUGAUACGAAAUUGACUUCGUAUGUGGACAAAUGGCUGGCCGAAAGCGACGACCUGAACCUUGCUGGAGUCCUCAACGUUCUCGACGGUGUGGUGGACUGCCCGAACAGGAUCGUGGUCAUGACAACAAACCACCCAGAGAAACUGGAUCCUGCCCUGAUCCGGCCCGGGAGGGUGAACAAGCAACUGUACCUGGGCUACCUGCGGCUGGAGGAAGCGUUGCAAAUGGUGGAGCACUACUUUGGCGAACUGACGGAGGCAGACAAGCACAGCUUCGCCAGCGUGUUUCCCAACUCGGUGAUGUCCCCGGCGGCUCUGGAAAGCAUGUGCGCAGCGUGCGAUGUCGUGGACGACCUUGUGAGGUGCAUGAAGGACAAGCACCCAGAGUGUGUGUCGCCACAGACGCCGGCUGGGUGUGGAGGCACUUCUGGUUGCGGUGUCGUCGGUGGCUGUGGGGCGCUGGGAAAGAUUGGGGACAGGGUCGGGGUGGAUGGGGUCGGGCUCUCCACGCCGAUUGCCGUGCCGUAG